AUGUGCCCUUUUAAGGAGAAUAUUCGAGAGUGCUUGGAGAUAGAUGACGACGAACAACCGUAUCACUCAACCGAAUGUCUCCUGAGUCUGGUGACGCCUGAACUUGGCUCAUUGGUGGAGCAUUGGUUAGCGGCAUUGCGAGAUUCCGCUUUGCUAUCGUUACCGUCCGAAUUCGCCUCACAACUACCGCCAAACGGCGGUGCGUAUUACGCACCCGAAAGCGCCGAUUCGUGUAAGGAGUAUUAUCGAUCAAGUUGGCCUCCCAUAUUACUGGCAGCUGCAACAUGGUUGAGGCAAAGUAAUUUUGAAUUGCCAACCAACUCACAUGAGACUGAUACAAAGAAUGCGAUGAACUCAUCGAAAGAGACACAUUUCUAUGUAAUGUUGGGCAUUUGCGUUGAAGCGCUCUGCUCGAAUCGAUCUUAUUCGGAAGGUGACCAGACCGUGCAGUUGUGUCUGCGAUCGUUAAAAAGUCUGCUGGAUUGUGAUUGGGCAAGAACGCAGCUGAUGCGAAAUAUACGAUUACCAAUUGAACUGCUGAAUGUAUUGUAUAGGUGA